GGCUCGUUGAACUGGCGCUGUGAAAGAUGUCAAUGGGUCUCCUCCCCACCCCCAGCUGUCACAGCAGGCUGAGUGAGCACAGGGGAAGCUGACUGCGCUCCGGCCUCGGGGAGACGGCAAGCUGGGACCCAGGCAGGAUGAGAGGAGACGAUCCAUUUGCUGCUAUGAAGAACCUGAAACGCUUCAGCGACAGAGCUGCUGCCGGCGAUUUUUUCGUUCAGGCUGCGGACAUCCGUGAUCCUAAUGAUCACAUCCUCUCGCAGGAAGAUUUCGAUGAGAUAACGGAUUUCAAUGACCUCCCGACCUCACUCUUUGCCUGCAACGUACAUCAGUCUGUUUUUGAAGACGAACAGCGAAGGGAGAAGUUUGAAGCGCUUUUCUUGGCUUAUGAUGACCAUGCCACAUUCCAGCUGUUUAAAAGUUUCAGACGUGUACGAAUUAACUUCACCAAUCCCAAAGUAGCAGCCCGUGCCAGAAUAGAGCUCCACGAAACAAAGUUCAAUGGGAAAAAGCUAAAACUCUAUUUUGCACAGGUUCAAAAUCAAGGUUCAGAUGGAGAUAACCUGCACCUUGCCCCUCCACAGCCAGCAAAACAGUUUCUCAUCUCCCCUCCAGCAUCACCACCUGUGGGCUGGCAACAAAUUGAUGAUGCGACUCCAAUCAUCAACUACGAUCUUCUCUAUGCAGUGGCAAAACUGGGACCUGGGGAGAAGUACGAAUUACACGCAGGAACUGAGUCAACUCCCAGUGUGGUGGUCCACGUCUGUGAUAGCGAAGCAGAGGAUGAGGACGAACCGAAGAAUUCUCCAAAACCAAAAAUAAUUCAAACCCGCCGUCCUGACCUGCCACCAGCAAUGUCCAAUUGAAAUAUUGAUGCACAGUUUUAGUCAAAGUAUCAUCUAGUGCUCUCUGCUGUGGCCAUACUCUGUUGAGAGGAACAAUGGUCUGUUAUUCACAGAUGUAUUUGUUUUCGAGCCCCUUCUGAGUUUCUAAGGCUUACCAGAAUAGAAUGGAAUGGUUACUAUGUGCAUGCCUAUUUGCUAUAUACAAAUUAGUAUCUGAUCAUAUCAUAAUUCAUUCAUUUAUGUUAGAGUUGCAUUAGUAAAACCCAGGAAUAAUUGUAAAGCUUGGCAUUAUAACUCCAAGAUGAAUAUAAUUUAGACGACUAAGCACAUGGUAACCUGCUGUUCUGAAAUGAUUUGGUAUAAAUGUUUGAUCCAAUUUUAAAUUUGGCUUUAAGUCUUUGAGGCAUAUUGUGAUUAUGUCUGCUGUGUUCUCUGACUUGUUCAGGAAAUGAAAAAGGUUAAUGAAUGGUCUGAGUUUUACUUUGUUGGCACUGAAUUGCCAAUGAUGUCCUUGGUGAAAGUCCUGUGAGACAUUAAAGAUAUGAGGCAACCUUGGGGGAAAUACUAACUUCCAUUUACACCAAUGUGCAGUACAUAAUGUCAGCAUCUUCUAAUAUAUUCUUGUGAAAAGGUGUAACUGUAAUUUGUAUUUUUAUCACUGUUUUAUUAUUGAUAAAAUGUACUGAUUAAAGUUAUAUGCAAUAUACUUACUAAAAUAGGAAUGAUAAACUGAAUAUAGACAUGGACAGAUAAAUAAGCAUUACUAUAGUCAUGAAUUUUCCAAUCUACAUAUCUUUUCAGGAUGAGUACCAAUAGACCAUAUUAUCAUCUGCUGCAUUGAAAUUUCCCUAUUGUUCCAUUUCAAAACAUCCUUAUGAUCCAAUUAGCACAAAAUGACCCAAUAUUCCAUUUUAUAGAAAACACUUUUUAAAAAAUGAAAGUAAUUUCCGUAACUACAGGGUUUUUAAAACUUUUUGGCAUUUUCUCAGUGUAGCUUUUCUUUGACUGUGCUUUGUAUAUUACUGACACACAGAAUAUACAAUCAGAAGUGUCUCAAUAAUAGAUUGGAAAAUAUGGUCUAUGAGUUACUUGAAGGUUUAAUGAUAAUUUGCGCACUUAUUGUCUUUGGACAUAAGUUCUAGCGGCACAGUUAAGAAAAUAUAAAAACUAAACUAAACUUUAUCUAUCUACAGUUACAAUAAACAAAUUAUCAUUUUU